AUGACAAAACAACAGUUUUGGUCAACCGCACAAAUUAGCGACUACGCAUUUUUAUGUGAAGUUGGUAAAGGGAAGGCAGAGCUUGGCCCAGCGGGGAUCGGUGCAAGCCGGAGAGGGGGGGAGGGGCGUCUAGACAGGCCGCAGACGCACGGAGGCUGCGCCGCGUCUGGCUUGCACGCACACAAACAAACGGUGCAUCGGCCGAUUUCACCCGACACUAACACAGAAAUGUUGCAGUGA